AUGAAGGUCCUCAAUAUCCGCAAUAACUACUUCAUUGGAGCUAUGCCAACCUCCACCUGGACCGUAUGCUCCUUCGGCACCAAUUGCCUUACUUCCCUUGGAGGCUGCACUUCUGGCUACACCACGCAGCGCAGCAGCUGUAGCGUCUGUGGCACCGCUUCUGGCACUGGGACGUGUGCGGUGGGGCAGUCAUGCGAGCCAGAUGACGACGCCAGGAUUGCCGCCGGAACAAUGAACGCUGGGGUCGCUGACCUGGCGCUGAUUUGCAAAUCGUAUUCCACUCUGUUGGACGCCACACAGGGCUUCGUUCCCUCUCAACAUUUCCUUCCCCAAUACUCUCCAAACGAAACCACCUGCACCCCGCCCCUCCACCACCCCUUCCCCCUUCCUCCCGCACAUCUCCCCUACCCAUUCCCCAUCUACCCCUCCCUUUCCCCCUCACUUCCUCCGCCCUCCUCCUCUCCCCGUCCCCUGGCAGGCAAUGCAAUGAUGGCGUUGAAGACUGCACUGGGUGUGACCCUCACCACAUGGGACACCACCAACGUCUGCCGCAUCACCGGAGUUGUAACGCCCACCCAGAACGAGUGGGCCAAUGUGUUCUGCACUGCUACCGGCUCGGUGCAGUCCAUCUCAGCGACGCGUCAGAGUCUGAAGGGGUAUGUUCAUUCGGACAUCUCCAAGCUCACCGCGCUCACGUACCUGGAUCUGAGUUACAACCUCUUUCAGGGAAGUCUUGAAUUGUUUUCCGCACCCCUUCAAAGCGUGCCCACUCUUAAGGCGCUAGGCCUCUUCUCCAACUACCUCACGGGCACCAUGCCCAUUCCCACCACCUCCCUGGUCGCUCUGGACGUGGGCUUUAACUUCCUCUCGGGCUCGUUCCCCAAGCUCUCCCUCGCGGUGUGCGCGGCCGACCAGAACUGCUUCCUCUCCUCCUCCUACUGCCACACCUACGGCGCUCAGCAGCGCCCCUACACUGCCUGUGCCAUGUGUGGCACGACCAACGGGCAGGGGGUGCUGUGCUCUGGCAACCUGUGUGCCCCCAACAGCAGCAGCGCAGUCAGCCAGGGGAUUGUCAACAUUCCCUCACUGGUGCCGAUCCCAAUGACGUGUCCAGGAUAUUUCCCUCUGGUCCUCAUGGAUGCUGCCUCAGGUGUGCCAUCUCUCCUUGUACUACCACCCUUUCUCCUCCGCCGCCCUCGUUCCCUGCAGUGCAUUGCACACCCAUGUCUCACUCUGUCUUCCAACUACCUCACUGGCAGCUUUCCACCCCUGCCGGCGACCAUGCAGAGGCUCAACUUUGGAAAAAAAUUCAUUUCAGGCAUCUCCACCCACUCGCUUAUCAGCUGCUUCGCCCAAUUGAACUGCCUACCGGACCCCUCCAAGUGCAACAAUGGCGGUACCACGCAGAAAAGUGCUGCUGUCUGCGCCAUCUGUUGCACUACCAUUGCCAUUCCUCCCCUGUGCUGGGGUGCCGGGGGAGAGUGCGUGCCUGUUGCUGCUGCUACGAUUGCUGCCAGCACAGUCAGCUCAUUAAAGUCGGCCAUCCUACCCAUGACAUGCUCAGUGCUGCUGGCGCUCAAGGCAUCGCUGGGCGUGACUUUCACCACGUGGGCAGCAAGUGUGCCGUGCCAAGUGACGGGCAAGGAUCCUGUAGCACUGUCCACGUGGACCAACGUGCUCUGUGACGACACCGGUGCAGUCCUCUACAUUGACUUUGGCUACAACCUCUUUCAGGGAGCUCUUGACUCCUUCUCCUCAUCACUUCAGAACGUUCCCAGUCUUAAGGCGCUGUAA